CCCAACUCUCUCUUCAUACCACAGAACCAGACACAAUGGAGAAAAGAACUUUUAUAAGUUAACCAGAAAGAAAACUGUUCCCCUCUGCCUCCUCCUCUCUCUAUCUUCCUCUGCUUCUCUUCCUUCCUUUCCCUCCUUCUCUUUGUCUGUAAUAACUUCAGUUUCUUUCUUGGAAUCCACCAAACCACUAGAACCCCAUUUUGAUUAUACAAAGGAGAAUCAGAAGAAAGGAAUCCAUUUGAUAUUCAUGGUCUGAGAAAAAAAUCCAUUUCCUCUCUUCUUCCCAUCUUCUCCCCCCUCCUCUCUCACAACGCCCAAAACAAAAAGGAAAGGUGGGUGGAAUGGAGGACACAGAAGAACAACCAAGAGCCAGCAGCAAGAGAUGCACUACCAAUAACACCACAAAGACCAAAACUUUCAGAGGCAGGGCCAAAGGAAGCAACACCACCACCACCAAUGCCAACACCACAGACCAAAAGAAUCAGCAGUUUCAGUACCAUUAUCACCAUUACAAUCAUCAUGACAAUAAUUACCAGAACCGCCAGUUGCUUCAGUACUCGACCAAUCAUCAGUUAUUCAACAGUGGUGUCCAUGGUGGUGGGUUCUUCAAUCAGACCCAACAGCAACAGCAACAGCAACACAGCUUUCAUUAUUACCCUCUUCUUCCUUUCCCUCCUCCUCCCUCCAUACCUCUCCACCCUGCUCUCUCUCCGCCUUUCCCUCAUUCCUACAACACCUUUCUCUCCAAAACCCAUUUCCAGGAUCUUGCCUUUAAGCAUCUCAACAACGACAACUCUGCCUCCUCUGCUUUCCAAAACCCUUCUGCUGUUGUUGGCAAUGGAAUUCCAUCAGGAACAGUUGUGAGAGAGGUUGAAGACAGAAGGAAGACUCUGCCUUUCAAAGGAAGCGAUGAGAGGAAAGUGAUGGGUUGUUCCGAUAAUAAACAAGCUUUGGUGGUUGUUGCAAGGAGACCUGAUUCUGGUGGAGUGGAAGGCUCAGUAAUCACACUCUUAGCCAAUCAUUUCCUUGUAAAGUUUGAUUCUUCACAAAGAAUCUACCACUACAAUGUGGAUAUUUCUCCAAACCCUACCUCCAAGGAACUCGCCAGAAUGAUCAAGCAUAAACUGGUGAAAGAAAAUUCAGCUCUUCUCUCUAAUGCUCACCCAUCUUAUGAUGGAAGGAAGAAUCUGUAUAGCCCUGUUGAGUUCCAAAACGACAGGCUAGAAAUCUACAUUAGCUUGCCAAUCCCAAGUGGCAGCAAGUCAUUGCAUUUGCAACCACUUGGGGAGAUCAACAACAUUGAUGCCUUGGGAGAGAAGCAUCUGAAACUGUUUAGAGUGAACAUUAAGCUUGUGUCCAAGUUACAAGGGAAGGACUUGAGCUGUUACUUGAGUAAAGAAGGUGAUGAUUGCGUUCCUUUACCACAGGACUACUUGCAUGCUUUAGACGUUGUGCUGAGAGAGAGCCCCGCCGAGAAGUGCAUACCAGUGGGGAGAUCGUUGUACUCGAGUUCCAUGGGAGGGGGAAGAGACAUUGGAGGUGGAGCUGUUGGCCUGAGAGGUUUCUUUCAGAGCCUUAGACCAACACAGCAAGGUUUAGGACUCAAUGUCGACUUUUCGGUCACUGCAUUUCAUGAGAGCAUUGGAGUCAUCCCUUACUUGCAGAAGCGAAUGGAUUUUCUUCGUGAUCUUCCUCAGAGAAAGUCUAGGACUUUGAGUGGUGAGGAGAGGAAAGAAGUUGGGAGAGCAUUGAAGAACCUAAGGGUCUUUGUUUGUCAUAGGGAGACUGUACAAAAAUACCGGGUUUAUGGGUUGACUGAUGAGAGUACUGGUGAUCUUUGCUUUGCUGACAGAGAUGGGAAGAUUCUUAGAGUGGUGGAUUACUUCAAUGACCAAUAUGGGAUUGACAUACAAUUCAGGAACUUGCCUUGUUUGCAGAUUAGUAGGAGCAGACCUUGCUAUCUGCCUAUGGAACUUUGCAUGAUCUGUGAAGGACAGAAAUUUAUGGGAAAGCUCUCUGAUGAUCAAACUGCAAAGAUACUUAAGAUGGGUUGCCAAAGACCGAGGGAACGAAAAUCGAUAAUAGAUGAAGUUAUGCAAGGAUCAGUUGGUCCAACAAGUGGGAACCAAGGUAAGGAAUUCAAACUCCAAGUUUCAAGAGAAAUGACUAGAUUAAAAGGUAGAAUCUUGCAGCCUCCAAAGCUGAAACUUGGCAACGGUGGGCAUAUCAAGGACUUGGUCCCAUCUCGCCAUGAUCGGCAAUGGAACCUUCUGGAUGGUCAUGUCUAUGAAGGAACCAGGAUAGAAAGGUGGGCAUUAAUGAGCUUUGGAGGUACUCCUGAGCAGAAGUCCAACAUCCCGAAAUUCAUAACCCAGUUAUCUCAUAGGUGUGAAAAGCUAGGCAUCUACCUCAACAAAACCCCAACCACGACACCUCAAUUCGAGUCGGCUCAAGUCCUCAACAGUGUUUCACUCUUGGAAUCCAAACUCAAGAACAUCCAGAGAUCUGCUGCAGGAGGCAAUCUCCAGCUCCUCAUUUGCUUGAUGGAGAAGAAACACAAGGGGUAUGCUGAUCUAAAGAGGAUAGCAGAAACAAGUGUUGGUGUAGUCACUCAAUGCUGCCUUUACACCAAUCUCACCAAGUUAAGUUCACAGUUCCUAGCAAAUAUAGCCCUGAAGAUCAAUGCUAAAGUUGGUGGCUGCACCGUAGCUCUGUACAAUUCAUUACCUUCUCAGAUACCACGCCUUCUCCAUAUCGAUGAGCCAGUGAUCUUCAUGGGAGCUGAUGUCACUCAUCCACACCCGUUCGACGAUUCAAGUCCAUCUGUUGCAGCAGUUGUUGGCAGCAUGAACUGGCCUGCAGCAAACAAGUAUAUGUCUCGAAUGAGGUCUCAGACACAUAGGCAGGAGAUCAUCCAUGAUCUUGGCACAAUGGUGAAGGAAUUGCUAGAUGAAUUCUACCAAGAAGUUAACAAACUUCCGAAGAGGAUCAUAUUCUUCAGAGAUGGAGUGAGUGAGACACAGUUCCACAAGGUGCUUCGCGAGGAGUUGCAGGCGAUCAAAGAUGCAUGCUACAAGUUCCCGUGCUACACACCAUUGAUCACAUUUGCUGUGGUGCAAAAGAGGCACCAUACAAGGUUCUUCUUCCCAUCCGAGACCGAAGAUGAUCUGAAGAACCAGUUUUUCGAUGAGAACAUACCACCUGGGACAGUGGUGGACACUGUGGUUACUCACCCAAAGGAGUUCGAUUUCUAUCUGUGUAGCCAUUGGGGUGUGAAGGGGACGAGCAGGCCGACACAUUACCAUGUGCUGUGGGAUGAGAACCAGUUUACUUCUGAUGAGCUUCAGAAGUUGGUGUAUAACUUGUGCUUUACUUUUGUAAGGUGCACUAAGCCUGUGUCUUUGGUUCCUCCAGUUUACUAUGCUCAUUUGGCUGCUUACAGAGGUAGAUUGUACAUCGAUCGAUCUGAGUCGUCAUCUGGGAGUGGUUGUAAUGGCAGAGAUCCCUUCUCAGCUGUUUCAAGAGCUUCUCCUCCAGUAAAGACAGCUCCUUUGCCCAAGUUGAGUGAUAACGUGAGCAAGGUCAUGUUUUACUGCUGAUAAUUUGUUUGUGAGCUGUGAGAGACUAGAGAGUUGAGUCCCAUUGGUAUUUGGUGGUCAAAUUAUAAGCAUUUUGCAUCAACCAUGUAUAUUUGCCUUGUAGGAAGAACUGUAGUGGUGAUGACAGGAAGAAAGAGGCUCAUAUGUAAGAGUUUAUUAGCAAGAAAGCAGAGGCUAUGUUCAUAACAUUAUCAGCUUGGUUUUGAUGCGGUAUAUGAUUGCUGUUCUUUGUGGAACAUUUAUUUCAUAUGCAUCUGUCAAAGUGAAAAGUCUUAGGUGCUUGGG